ACGAUGCUGUCAAACGCAAAUAAUGUGAUAAUCCAUUAAUAAUUUCUAAUGAAUAAGUAAUAUUAUAAAAUCGUGUGUUCGUGUGUGGUUUACCUCAUUUACAUCGUUAUAACUUGUUGAGCAUAAAAAGUACCAAAUAUUAAUAGUGUUAGAAAAAUCACAAAAUGUCAGACCGAUUAAAAAGUACGAACAGCGUUUCGAACGAAGAAGUUAUUCAGGAUUUGACAAAGAACUUGGAAUUUUCUCUACGCCCAGACGAUGACGACGGAUUGAAUUCUAGUGAUCAUGUUGAAAGUUGUGCAUCUGGCGAUUCUUCUAAAGCUAGUCCGUCGGUCGACAUAUCAUUCAAAGAUGAAGACGAUGAAGUUAAAAAUGAACAAUCUGAUAAAGAUGACAGCGACACAGACUCCAUUGAUGAGCUAUCACUGAAGGAUGCGGAAGUCGACCUGACAGAUGAUCAAAAAUCCGAACGUCGGAGCAUUGCGGAAACACUCAAGACGAUGGGAAACUUGGCGUUCAAAAACGAGGAAUACGAGCGGAGCAUUGAGAAAUAUACUGAAGCAUUGAAAAUCUGUCCGCUGCAGUUUAACGAGCAACGUGCGGUAUUGUACUGCAACAGGAGCGCAGCGAAAUUAAAAUUAGAACGAUACAAGCACGCGAUAAAGGACUGCACGAAGGCUGUUGAGUUGGACGAUAAAUACGUGAAAGCCUAUUACAGACGAGCGCAGUGCUAUGAAAUAACGGAGAAGUUGGACGAGAGCUUAGAAGAUUACAAGCAGAUGCUGUUAAUAGAUCCGUCACACAAGGAGGCCCAAAGCGCAAUGGUCCGUUUGCCGCCCCUGAUCGCGGAGAGGAACGAUAAAUUGAAAUCGGAAAUGCUGGACAAACUCAAAGACUUAGGAAACAUGAUACUGAAACCGUUCGGUCUCUCAACGCAGAACUUCCAAAUGGAACAGGACCCCGAAACUAAAGGAUACAAGAUUAACUUCAAGCAAUAAACAUUUGUCUGUAUUUUCUAAUAUAUAAAUAAGUUACGCCUUGUGAUAUUGUUAAUAUAUU